ACGAUAUCAACUGCCCUCCAUCCCAAGCCAUCCAGCCAACGCCUGUCGUACUACAUACAGCACAUUGCAUCGGUAUUCUGCACUUGACGACCACGAAAAGACGCCAUCAUCACUACUACAUACAUAUACCUUGCGUUGCACGCUCCAAGAUUCCCGUUCGAAGAAAACCCCUAGCGCCCAAUUGCACCCCUCCCUCGACACAGCCCACGCAUCCGUGCCACGGAUCAGGUCCCGAUGACGGCCCUCACCAACAUGGAGGACUACGUGAGCGAGUCUGAUAGUGACUACACUAGCUACUGGCGGGAUUGGUUCAUCUCCUCGCGCGGCAACGAGUACUUUUGCGAAAUCGACGAGGACUACCUCACCGACCGGUUCAACCUCACAGGCCUCAACACCGAGGUCCAGUACUACCAAUAUGCGCUGGACCUCGUCACGGACGUUUUCGACCUCGACUGCGAGGACGACAUGCGGGAGACUAUCGAAAAGUCCGCGCGGCACCUGUACGGCCUCGUGCACGCCCGCUACAUUGUGACCACGCGAGGUCUGAGCAAGAUGCUCGAGAAGUAUAAGAAGGCCGACUUUGGCAAAUGCCCACGCGUCGCGUGUCACUCACACCCUCUCCUGCCCAUGGGCCUGUCGGACGUGCCUAGCGUGAAGCCCGUCAAGCUGUACUGCGCCAAGUGCGAGGAUGCGUACAACCCAAAGUCCUCCCGGCACGCCGCUAUCGACGGCGCGUACUUUGGCUCGUCCUUUCACAACAUCAUCUUCCAGGUCUAUCCGGCGCUGGUGCCGGCCAAGUCCGUGGAGCGGUACGUGCCGAGGGUGUAUGGGUUCAAGGUGCAUGCGGCGGCGAGCCUGGUGCGGUGGCAGAGUGGACGACGGGAGGAGAUGAGGCGGCGGCUGCGGAGGUUGGAGGUCGACACGGGGUUUAGAGAUGGCGACGGGGAGGAAGGAGAUGAGGACGGUGAUGUCGAGUUUGAGGGUGUGGAUGGACGGCCUGCUGUUGUAGAGGGGGCCCCUGUGCGAUGAUGCAGACGGACGACGCGUGCAUGAGUUAGGUCAGGGAUGAGAGAGGCGGCAUGAUGCUCACCUUUUGUCAAGGAUGAAUAGCGU